UCACUGUCCGUUUGCUACUCACAAACCGCGAGGCAACCAACCAACCAACCAAUCACCACUGACAUUGAGAGCUCCGAAGGUCUACAUGCUCCUCCACCUACCCUCCUUCUCCUCCGCCACUCAAAUGGCGCGUUGCAUCCCACGCGCCGCCCUAAUUUCCUGCUCAUCGUUUCCAUCUGCGCCGGGUUUAAUCUCCCCUCCGAAAGCGCACCUCUUUCAGGUCUCCGUAUCAACGGUAUUCGUCCGCGGACUUCACGCGACGCGCGGAGACAAAUGGAGAUGUGCAGCCAGACCGCCAUUGAUCCGGGGGCGAAUCUGCAGUUCGCAGAAAGGCGAAAGGAAGGUGAGGCGGCAAUCCCCGAAAAUCAAGGAGAAGGAGCUGGAGCUCGAUGUCAGUAUUUCUAUUGAAGAAGCAUUGAGCAAUCCCAAAAUCUUGAGAAUUGCGGAAUUGCUCCGGCUGGAUGCUCCGGCGGCGGUGAAGCUAGCGUUUGAUGGGCUGAAAGAUUCAGUGUAUAAAACAAGGGACAAUGCUAUAGGUGGUGUUGCGGGAUAUGAAAGCGUGGAGCUUUCGGUGCUUCUUUGCGAUGACAAGUUUAUCCGAAAACUUAACAAGGAAUGGAGAGGAGAGGACCAUGCUACUGAUGUUAUUUCCAUGUCCCAGCAUGUCCCUGAUCUUAAGCUUCCCAUGCUUAUGUUGGGGGACAUUGUGAUUUCUGUUGAGACAGCGGCGAGACAAGCGGAGCAAAGAGGCCAUACGCUUCUUGAUGAGAUUCGCAUUCUCGCGGUACAUGGGUUGUUACAUUUGUUAGGAUUUGAUCAUGAAGUUAGCAAAGACGCUGAAGUAGAAAUGGAGAAGGAGGAGGAUCUUCUCUUAAAGAGUCUUGGGUGGAAGGGAAAAGGAUUAAUUCAGAGCGCAUAUGAUGCUGAACCCCAUUCCGAUGGGGUCAAACUAGAUGACAGGAAGAAAGAAGGCAGCCCUCAAUACUAUAAGCAAAAGUUCAGAUAUAUCUUCUGUGAUAUGGAUGGCACCCUUCUCAACAGCAAAAGCCAACUGAGCUCAACGAACGUCCAGGCUCUGAAAGAGGCCUCAUCAAGGGGUGUGAAAAUAGUGAUAGCAACAGGAAAAGCUCGGCCAGCUGUGAUUCGCAUUUUUAAGGAGGUAGAUUUAACUGGAAAAGAUGGCAUUGUUUCAGAAUUUUCUCCUGGGGUUUUCUUGCAGGGAUUGCUUGUUUAUGGUACACAAGGUCGGGAAAUUUUUAGAAUGAAUUUGGAUACAGAUGUGUGCAGAGAGGCAUGUCGCUACUCUCUGGAGAAUGAGGUUCCUCUUAUUGCAUUCACCGAGGAUCGUUGCUUAUCUCUAUAUGAUCACCCACUUGUCGAUUCCAUGCAUACUGUAUACCACGAGCAAAAGGCAGAGAUCAUGCCUUCAGUUGAGCAUCUUGUAGCUGCUGCUGGCAUACAGAAACUAGUCUUCAUGGACACUGCUGAGGGAGUGACAACUGCUUUGAGGCCAUACUGGUCCGAAGCAACUGGAGAUAGUGCCACAGUUGUCCAAACCGUGCCCGACAUGCUGGAGAUUGUUCCUCCCGGAACCUCAAAAGGGAGUGGAGUAAACAUGCUGCUUGAUCAUUUGGGAAUCACUCCAAAGGAGAUCAUGGCUAUUGGCGAUGGGGAAAAUGAUAUCGAGAUGCUUGAGCUGGCUUCUUUAGGCAUUGCUCUUAGUAACGGGGCAGAGAAGGCGAAAGCUGUGGCUAACGUAAUUGGUCUUAGCAACGAUGAAGAUGGUGUAGCUGAUGCAAUCUACCGGUACGCAUUGUGAGCUUCUUUACCGAUACAAAAUUGAAUUCAGAAAGAAGUGCUACUGAACCGAGCGAAGGAGUUGAAAAUUGCCAUUUUUACACAACAUUUGUGGUAAAUAAUAUUCAUUUGUGGAGUCAAUCCUCCAUCCACAACACUCGUCGAUUAUUUUGCCAAACAUAGAAAUCAAAAUGAUUCCUCAAUA